CGUGUUAGAGUCUAUAUUUCAUAGUUGUAGACCUGUUUCAUGUUUCAUGCAGCAUCAUAUAGAACCCCUAAACUAAAAUGAUAGAGAGGCCUUCAAGUCUUCACUCCCCAAUUACGAAGCAAUAUGGGCAUGAUUAAGUAGCACUAGCAUCAUCUCCAACACCAAAAGAAAAACUGCAUGUAUAUAUCAAUCUUACGUACGUCAACAUACAUAUUCAAAACCACCAAAACUAGCUAGCUAAUUGUUUCUCUCUCCAACAAAAUAUCAAACAUAACACAAACGUUGAGAAGAACCGAAAUGGUCAAAACAAAAACGUUCCUCUCCCUUUUAUUCUUCUUAAUUUUCAUUCUCCAUUCUCUUUCCUUCUCCACAGACACAUUCAUCUACGGUGGUUGCACACAACAGACAUUCACCUCAACCUCACCCUACGAGUUCAACCUCAACUCACUCCUCACUUCACUAGUUAACUCAGCAACCUACACAUCCUACAACAACUUCACCAUCGUCGCUUCAAAUCCCAACGACAUCGUUUACGGUCUCUACCAAUGCCGCGGCGACCUCUCCAUGCCAGACUGCGCCUCCUGCGUUUCACGCGCUGUCUCACGCGCAGGUGACAUAUGUUCGGUGACGCGCGGGGGCGUAGUGCAGCUAGAAGGAUGUUACGUGAAAUAUGAUAAUGUUAAGUUUUUGGGCGUGGUGGAUAAAACGGUGGUGUUGAAAAAAUGUGGGUCUUCAAUCGGGUAUGACCCGAGUACCCGAGAUGCUGUAUUGGCUGGGUUGGUGGGUUCAGGUGGGUAUUUUCGGGCUGGUGGGUCGGGUCAGCUGAAAGGAAUGGCGCAGUGUAUUGGGGAUUUGAGUUUUUUGGAGUGUCAGGAUUGUGUUUCGGAGGCGAUCCAACGGCUGAGAAGUGACUGUCCAGCGGCGGAUUACGGAGAUAUGUUUUUAGCCAAGUGUUAUGCGAGGUACUCUACUGGUGGUGCUGGUGGGGGCCAUGCUUACUCCAAGUCUCAUGGUAAAUCAGACAAUGAUAGUGAGAAGACAUUUGCCAUAAUCAUUGGAUUAAUAGCAGCUGUAGCAAUACUUAUAAUUUUCCUGGCUUUCUUGAGAAGGAUUUGUGAGGGACACCACGGUAAAUAAAUUGAUUUAAGUUUGUCAAACUUAUAAUGGCAUGGCAUUGGACCAUUGAUCAAUUAUGAGCCUUUUUCUCCAUUGCAAAUAUGCUUUUGGAAUCUUUUCUUCUUCUCUCCUUUUUAUUUUCUCAAUGUCUUAUCUUUUCUUGCCAUCUAUCUUUAUCUUGCUAGUUUAUUAUAAAGUCACAGUUAAAAGACUAUAGAGGUCUUUGAUAUAAAGAUGACAUUAGAAAAAGGAUGCACAGUGGGACACACAUUUGAAUACAAAGGGGAAAAGGAAAAAGAGGAAUAAAAGAGAGCAAAAUAUUCUGUUUUCUCAAUCCUUCCCCCACUCAACAAAGUUGUAUUGUAACUUGUCUCAUCCCCUUGCAAAUUACGAAAUAACUUUAUCAUUCUUUGUUUUUUGAAAAGUUGUACAAGAUUUUAUAUCAAUUUCUUAUCGUGAGUAUGUGCUCCCAUGAACUUUUGAGUA